UAAAAUAUUUUCCUUUUCAGGGGUUUUAGUUUCAACUCGGCUGCUUAUAUAGCGCUCCAUCCUCUUCAUCUGGCACCGUUAUUCAAGAAAACUUUAUUGUAUCUAGAUUGUUUAGUACUGAGGAUUGAGCAGCACAAAUGCAUCCACUAGAAUUCUGAUGGUAAAGUAGAAAUUCACUGAAACCCAAUUAGAAGUUUAUAGAAUAGCAAUGGUGUAUUCAUCUUCUUCAAUUCGAGCUUUUGGUUCACUUCUCUGCAGAAUCUCAAAUGGGGUUUAUCUUAAACCCCACCAUUCUAGCACUCUCAGAAGUAUUUUUUUAUUGAGUGGGAAUUUUUCGUCUUCUUCAUCGUAUUCAUCGUCUGAUAUAAAGGUCUUGCCUUUAGAACUUCAAUCGAGCAAUUCAGUGAGAAAGAUUUGGACUUCCUCUCCUCUCUGUAUGGGCAGGCGCUCCUGCAAAAUUGCUGGUAGAAAGACUGCUCAGGAUCUUAAGAAGGCAAAGCUGUACUCAAAAAUCGGGAAGGAAAUUGUUUCUGCGGUUAAGAAAGGUGGUCCAAGUCCAAUAUCUAAUACGGCUCUCGCUGCUCUGAUUGAGAAAGUUAAGGAACUUGAUAUACCCAAAGACAUUGUUGACCGCAAUGUAAAGAGAGCUUCAGAAAAGGGACAAGAGGCUUUUAUUGAGAAGAUCUAUGAGGUAUAUGGUUAUGGUGGAGUUGGUAUCAUCAUUGAGGUCUUAACAGACAAAGUAAAUAGGUCAGUGGCAGCAGUUCGAGAGGUGGUGAAGGACAAUGGUGGGAAGAUGGCAGAUCCAGGAUCCAUUAUGUUCAAAUUUCAACGUGCUCGGGUUGCUAAUGUUAAAGUCACUGAUGUCGACCGCGACCAGCUCUUAACAAUUGCUUUGGAUGCUGGUGCUGAAGAUAUCAUUGAACCUUCAAUGGAUGAAUAUGAUACAGAAGCAGAUUCAUCUGAGAGGGUUUACAAAGUCGUGUCUUCUGCGGAGAACUAUCCAGUAAUAUUAUCAAAAUUACAAGAGGAAGGAAUAAAAUUUAAACCUGACAACGGAUCUGAGCUACUUCCUACUACUCCAAUUGAGGUAGAUGAUGAGGCUAUGGAGUUGAACAAAGAACUAAUGUCCAAAUUACUUGAACUUGAUGAUGUUGAUGCUGUGUAUACAGAUCAAAAGUAUUAGGUUAUUAUUCCACUUAACAGUGGCAUGAACACCUAACAGCUGGUUGUUGAGGCUGUUGAACGAUGAUAACGACAUUCAGCUCAUUAGAGUCCUGUAGUCAAUCAUAUAUGGCGUCAUCUAGCUGUUUUACUUCUACAAAGAAUCUACAGAUCGUCUCAUCUUAGGAACACAUUGCAGUUUGGCCCAAUUUUAUCAUAGGAUUUGAUCUUUCAACUGAUAGGAGGAAUCUUUAGAUGCUUGGUAACCCAAUAAUAUUGCCUCCCUUUUGUUUGUAAAACAAAUGUGCUUUAAAAAUACAAUCUGAAGUUUAAAGUUAUAUUGGCAAUACAAUACUGUUGUUUCUCUUUAACAGCUAGCAUGAUGAAUCUCAUUGUAACGUCUUCAGCUUGAGUUAGUAAAGUGAGAGGCUAAGAGCUAAGUUUCAGAGUUAUUUGUAUAUGUAUGACUUGAUCAAUUGAAUCUACCGAAGUUCUUGGUUCUUCACAUGGACUUGUCAGAAAGACUAAUGUUUCUAUGUUAUAGUUAAA